GCUAAUGGAGGCAACUUAGACAAGAGCAGGCGCGGCCCCUCGUCUCUCGGCGCUGCCCGCUCCCCCCGCACCGGGAGCGGCGCUCCCCGCCGAGCAGCCUCCCGAUCGCUGCCGGGCCCGCGGGACUGCCUGGCCGCUUGCGCUGCCCCGAUGAUGUUACCGAGCCCCGUCACCUCCACACCUUUCUCUGUCAAAGACAUCCUCAACCUGGAGCAGCAGCAGGACCCACACUAUGGGGCCCAGCUCCCGCACCACCUGGAGCACCACUUCCACCCCGCCGCCUGCCUGCUGGCGGCCGCCGACGGCCCCCGCUUCUCCGACGGCGAGGAGGAAGAGGAGGAGGAGAAGCUCUCCUACCUGAGCCCUAUGGCAGCGCCCGGCAGCCAGGCGGACGCGCGGAUCUCCGCCGACAACUACGUUCACGCUGUGCUGCGUGGCUCCUGCGAGGCUCCCGGCCCGGGAGAAGAGCUGGACCCCGCGGUCCGCGACCCAAAGAGCUGCGUCCUGAAGAAGCCGCUGGACGCGACGGAGAAAACGGAGGAGGCAGAGAGGCCGAAGCAGCGGAGCCGGAGGAAGCCGCGCGUCCUGUUCUCUCAGGCUCAGGUCUUCGAGCUGGAGCGUCGGUUCAAGCAGCAGCGUUACCUGUCAGCGCCCGAGCGGGAGCACCUGGCCAGCAGCCUGAAGCUCACUUCCACGCAGGUGAAGAUCUGGUUCCAGAACCGGCGCUACAAGUGCAAGCGGCAGCGCCAGGACAAGUCGCUGGAGCUGGGCGGCCCCACGGCCCCGCCGCCGCCGCGCAGGGUGGCCGUGCCCGUGCUGGUCCGCGACGGCAAGCCGUGCCUCGGUGGGUCGCAGGGCUACAGCUCGGCGUACAACGGGCCCUACUCCUACAAUGGCUUCCCCGCCUACGGUUAUGGCAACGCCGCCUCCUACAACCCCGGCUACGGCUGCACCUACCCGGCAGGCACCGGCGGCGCCUCCAUGCAAGCCGCCUGCAGCCCGGCGGCGGCCGCCGGCCCCUUCGUGAACGUGGGCGGCCUGGGGGGCUUCAGCGGCGGCGGCCAGCCGCUGCACCAGGCGGCGGCGGGGCCGUCCUGCGGCCAGGGAGCACUUCAGGGCAUUCGGGCCUGGUAGCCCGCACGCACUGAGGGUCGGGAGCGGACCGACAGGACGGCCUAGCGGCUCCGGGGCCCCGUUACCACCCGC